AACCAGCCAUUAACCGGCACUUCAGCCUCUUUACCUCUCCCAUUCCCAAACCGGAACCCCGAAUAACUGGAGCAAAAACAACUACUAUCAAAAUGGAGGAAGAGAAAGCUGCGGCGUACUACGAAGAGCUCACUCGAAAAGGCCAAGGCGCCGCGCGCUUCAAGCAAGGCCUCGGCUUCUCCGCCAAUAAGGACGUUGCCGCUCCUCCUCUGAGAGGCUCAGCUCUCCCUUCCUCCACCGCUUCUUUUUUAAGCAAUUUUGUUAAAGCCUCUAGUCCUACACAAGCUUCAAAUCUUGAAAGGCAAGCUCAGCUCGAAUCAAUUCAAAACAAACUCAAGAAGAAACCCAAAGAUGAGGCGUCAGAGAGAAGCAGAAGAGAAUCGGGCCAUCAUAGGCAUCGAUCGAGGUCGAGAAGUAGAGAGAGGAAUCACAGGAAGCGAAGCAGAAGCAAAAGCCGAGAGAGGAAUUAUAGGCGUAGAAGCCGAAGCCGAAGCCGAAGCCGAGAGAGGUAUAGAGAUGGAGAGAGGAGAAGGAACCGGAGAUUGGAGACAAGAAGCCGAAGUCGUGGUUUAUCGCCACGAGAGGGCAGAAGGUCGGAGAAGAGAAGGGGUGAUGAUGUGGAAAGGGUGAGAGCAGGAAAGGAGAAGAAUGGCAGCAUUGAUUAUUCGCGGUUGAUUGAAGGUUAUGAGAAAAUGACACCAGCUGAAAGAGUCAAAGCUAGGAUGAAACUUCAGCUUAAUGAAACUGCUAAAAAGGAUGAGGGAAUGGGAUCUGGUUGGGAGCGGUUUGUGUUCAACAAGGAUGCCCCACUUGAUGAUGAGGAAGUUGAAGCUGUGGAAGAUGAUGCAGCACUAGUCAAGCACUUAGGCCAGAGUUUCCGUUUCUCUGCAGUGGAGGCAAGAAGGGAAGAGCAAAUCAAAGUUGCUCACGAUGAGGCCAUGUUUGGUGCACCAUCACUUUUGGCAUCUGUUACUUCAGACAAUGAGAUAGAGAUGGACAACAAUAGAAACGAGAGCAAAGACACCGACCAUGCUUCUAGCCUUCUAAGUGAGAAGGUACUUGCAAAGCAGCAAGGUUCCUGGCGUGACCGUGCUCGUAAAGUGUAGAUUGAUCAAGAAGCUAACUGUCUCAUAGUGAUAAUGCUAGAGAAGGAAUAGGCAGUAUCAGUUGCUGCAAUUGACCAUCUGGUUCAAGAAGAAUUCUUGGAGAGUAGUGUCUAUAUGAUCAAGUUGAUAGGUGAAAACCAGCACAUGAUCUAUAAUUUAUGUUUUCUGGAUUUCAGCAUGAUAGGAAUUGGUGAGAGGACUGGAAAGUACAGGUGAAGCUUCAUUGCUGGACAGUUUUGAUUCAUCCUGGUAGAGAUCAGUAAUGGGAGUUUUAUGAUCUGGGACAAUAAUAUUUUUGUACAAGUAUGCUGAAAGGCCAAGGAGGAGCUAUGUAACUUGUAAAUUGAUGUCAGUUUGUUUAUUUAUCUAUUAAUAUUUGAAUUGGAUUCUUCAUAA